GUAAAUGGUUAUCGAUAACCCAGACAGCGGUCCAUCAGUCCUCACUGCCUGCCCCUCGACCUGCUUGCUCCCCCGCCUAUUUCUUGCAUCCGCCCUGCAGCGCGCAGAGGUGGCAACUGCAUUAGCAUACUGCGGAUAACCACCCCUGGUCUGAACCAAGCGAAGGUUGACAGCCGUACAGUCCUGCUAAACAGUCCUUCAGGGAGGUGACUAAACCACAGCAGCAACCGCGAACCCUUGCUUCCCCACCCAAGAGCGUUCCUUGAGGGGAGGUAGCAGUGCUCUCCCCCACUCCGCGCGCGCGCUUCGCUCCUGCGGCCGCAGGGUUUGGUCCGGAGGGCGCUGCAGGAGGGUCGCUAAGGGGAAGGUCAGGCCAACCCUCGUUUAGGGGCGAGGAGACGGAAAGCCAGACAGCGUAUCCACGUCAGAGCUAAAAGGUUACUUUAGCUUUUUAGUGCGUAGCGCAGGGUUGCCUCUUGCGCAACCACCGAAGGAUUGCUUUAGCACCCUCCUCCGCAGGCGUGCGCGCGAAGCAGUGCGUAGAGGUAGGUUCUUAAAAAAAUAAUAGAACUAUAAAUUAAAAAUAAAAAUAAAAUGCCUCAACUAGUUCCGUUUUUUUUCUUCAAUCAGUUAUUAUCUUCAUUUCUAGUAUUAGCUAUUUUAGUAUAUAUUUUUGCUAAAUAUAUUUUACCUUCUUUCACAUAUACUCAAAUGAUUAGACUAUACAUUACUAAAUUAAUUAAAAACUCUAAAUAAUAUUUGGC